GAGGGCCACCAAUUUCUUUUUUUCAUUGGAACUUUUGCUUGUUUUCCUUUUUAAUUCUUCUAAUUAGAAUUGUAAUCUGAGUAGAAUUUAAAUAAACAUCAUUCGCAAUACUAUCUAUUAAUUCUGCAUUAUCCAAUCAAGAUACGUGUAUGUAGCAAGAUCAUAAACUAUAGAAUAACGGCGCCGAUUAGUAUCACAGACUUGGAGUUGUAACAUUGUAUUUGUAUCACGCAAUAAACGAUAUAUGAUUACCUCAUUUAGAGAUAGCAAAACUGCAAAUAUCGAUUACUAUUUUAACAAAUUGGGAAACAAGGAGAACAAAGUGUAAUAUAAAUAUAAAUAUCUAUUUAUAUUAGAAGCCUAGAAUAUUAAAAGAAUUACAAGUGGGCAAAAUCGUUAUUACGGUCCUAUAAAAGAAUAUAUAUGUAGUACAUAGUACUAAGAAAUGUUGAAGACUUUUUUAUACAACUCCCAUCAAAAUUUUAGGUUCUCACGUAUCCAUAUUUCUAUGGCUCCAUUCGUCUUUAAAUAUAUAUAUCCGAAAUAUAAUUCAGAAACAUAAACAUGUAUAUCUUAUUAACUACAUGGUAUUAACCACCUGUUUGUCAUAACAAUAUAUCAUCGACCUUAUCUAACGACAGACCAUAACGAGGAAUUAAUGUUUAGCUAUUAAUAUUUAUUUUAAUUUUAAACAUAGUAGACUGUUGUCUUAUUGUGUAAACGGAGAAUUACCAUAUAUUUAAAAAUAUGUGAUGGUCCUAAAAAGGAUCGAUUAACCUCCGAAAUCGUACCAUGUUUUGCUUUGGUAAGCAGAUAAGGUAUAUACAAUAUACAUAGAUGCAAGCUUGGUGAAUAAGAAUUUUAAGGUUAACUGGCAGUUAGAUUGUAGUUUUAUUGAGCGGGAGGGGAACAUAGCUGGUUUUAUGGUGCCUCUUUUGGAUUGUAAUUGUAGCGAUAAUUACUCUUUUAAUUAAAAAGUUAUUAAAUACCUCUGUAUAUGAUAAACACUGAUCCCCCACUAUUAUCGAACUGGCCAAUCCAAAAUAGCUUCCCUUAAUUGACUGCCCCUUCUCGAUCGCAAUGAACCAAUCAAACGUUCGAAGCUCCUGCCUCGUAAGAUAUAUAAAAUCCAAGUCGUCGUCGGAGCUGAGAAAAUUCAUUUCUGUACUGACUUCUGCGGACGUGUUGUAAUAUUAGAGUAUAAUGGCUCGUACUAAGCAGACUGCUCGUAAAUCAACUGGUGGUAAAGCCCCCCGAAAGCAGUUGGCGACAAAGGCUGCGCGUAAAAGUGCACCUGCAACUGGAGGAGUUAAGAAACCUCAUCGUUAUCGUCCCGGAACUGUUGCUCUUCGUGAAAUUCGAAGAUACCAAAAGAGUACUGAGCUUUUGAUCCGUAAAUUGCCUUUCCAACGGCUUGUUCGUGAAAUUGCACAAGACUUUAAAACUGAUCUGCGUUUCCAAAGUUCAGCAGUUAUGGCGCUUCAAGAAGCAAGCGAAGCCUACCUAGUUGGGCUCUUUGAAGACACGAAUCUCUGUGCUAUUCACGCUAAAAGAGUUACUAUUAUGCCAAAAGAUAUCCAGUUGGCGCGUAGAAUUCGUGGAGAACGAGCUUAAAUUUUUUUCUGGCAGCAAAAAUAAAAACGGUCCUUUUCAGGACCAACAA